GAAUGUCCCAUAAGCGAGCGGGUUCUAUAUUAAACUGGUCCGGUUACGGCUCGUUCGGUUCUCUAUCGUUCACUCACUGGACUGUCCACGGACGGCCGGAUCGGAUCGAUUGCUCCAGGAUAACGCGAUCGAUCAUCAUUACUCUCUUCGUGCCGUCAUCGCGAAACAACUGCUUGCUCGUCGUGCGAUCCACGGACGAUGCGCCGACCAAGCGGAUCGCGAUCAUCGCCUUGAGACCUCGAACCGAACGAGCCUCCGUGGACCAACAAGUUAACCGGGACUGAAUGCUCGAUCGGCCGUCGAAGAAGCAGAACCAGGACUCGACGUACUCCUGGCGAUCGAACUGGCUGGAUCGGAAGUGGAUCGCCAAGUGCGCGCGCGAGUUGUAGACGACUUGGAACGCGCCUUGUUCAGAGGAGUUCGGCAAGGUAGCUAUUUUCGAUGAUGCUGAAGGUGACGGUGUUGCUGUUCCUCUAUUUAUUCUGCGACAUCGCAUUGGCAGCUCAAUGCGGGAAAGUAUGGCUGACAGUCUCCUCAUUGUGGAGACCGAUCGCUGCAAGCGACAAGGUGAUCGACGCUGAGCUCGAAGUAAAUUGGGAUCUCGAUUGUCCGUCGAGUACAGGAUACCCAGAUACCAUCAAGGUGUUCACUGCUGACCCAGCACAUAACAAAACGAUCAAACCCAAACUGAUUCUGACUUCCUUGCAACAUCCGCGUGGGUAUUAUCGAACAAACAUCACGGUUGGCCGACCAACCCUUCCGGGUGGAUGGGACAACAAAGAUGGUGCCACUCUUCCUGGUCCUCAUUGCUUGAAACACCAUGCUGCUCUUUAUAAAGACGGUGUCUUUCUCACCAGUUCUUGUUUACAAAUUUGGCCGACAUGGAUGUACGAUUUGAGGAGACAGCUAGGACGACUUCCAAUAGGAAGUUUAAUGAUUCCGGGAACGCAUAAUUCAGGAUGUUACAAACACGGUGAUCUAACCAGAAGGGAUGCCUUUCAGAAAUACCUGUUGACCCAGGAUCGAGACGUUUGGACACAAUUAGUUCACGGAAUUAGGUAUUUGGAUAUUAGGGUAGGCUAUUACCCUUCGAUUCCAAAUGAUACCGCAAUUGGGGAAAAUAUAAGCAGAUUCUGGAUCAAUCACGAUGUCAUUCGGAUUACCCCUCUGUCAGCGAUCAUCAAAGACGUGAGAAACUUUUUGAAUGUCGCUAGGGGAGAAGUGGUCAUCAUGGACUUUCAUAGAUUUCCUGUGGGAUUCGAAGGUAGACCAAGUAGACAUCGACGACUGGCUAUGAUCCUCUUACAAGAAUUUGAAGACUUGAUCCUGAAGCCUGAUAGAGGGGUCGAAGGUCUGGGUCCAACCUUGAAUGAUAUCUGGACCGGAGGGAAGCGUUUGAUUAUUUGUUAUGGCGACAAACACACUGUGAAUGAAUACGAUUGGCUGUGGCCAACGAUGUCUCAAGCAUGGGGCAAUCAGCAAACGAUAGAAGGUCUUUUCAAGUAUCUAGACGAUGUUAUCAUGGGUCCAAAGAAGACUCGAAACAGUCAGAACCCAUUGUGGGCGGUGAUGGCGGAAUUAACACCGUAUUCGUUAGACAUAAUCUUUAAUUUAUCCGGAGGCCUGCGGCAAAUGGCUGAUUGUGUAAACAGAAACCUCACGUACAAGUUCCAGGAGGAAUGGUGGAAAGGGACGAACAUCGUCGCCACGGAUUUCUUUCUUGGAAAUAAUUUAAUCGACGUGUCGAUACAAGCGAAUAUCAAAAAAAGCAAUAUCGCCCAGUGGCGCUUCUAACUUGACUCGAAUGUUUAAAUAUCAUUUGGCUCUGUAAUUUGUCAUCUAAUUGAAAUCAUAAUUUGUCUCUAAUUGAAAUAUGUAAUUCAGAAAUGGACUGUUUCGUUUCAUUAUUUUACAACAGUAAUUUUGUUUAAAUUUCCAGAGGGUAGAAAUGUUUAGAGUUGCAGAGGGCAAUUUUCGGAGCAAAUUACAAAUUUUUAGUGAAGUGGAUUUGAAUGGUGAUCAAGAAUGGUAAUUGAUAUAAAAAAUUGAAUGCACGCUCAAGAAUAAUAUUGUGUAAAUUAAAAACUUCUAAGCGAAGGUAACAAUACAUGUACCCAUAAGAAAUAUAUUUUUGUUCCCGCUUCCUUUUAAUUAAUUCCUUCAGGAAUAUUAUUUAUUAAAUAAUGUGAAUUUGAAA